AUGGCUGGGGAUCAGCCUGUGUGUCCACCUCAGCUCCUGCUGCGGGGCUGGGGAGCAGUGCUGCUGUCUCAGUGCUUGUCCUCCGUGUUCUCCCAGGUCCCGGAUCCUGAGCUUUUACCGACAGAUCCUCCAAAGAAGCCCGAUCCUGUCAACUCAGAGACUGUUGUUUUCUGGGGGUUGAGGUUAUGGCAGGUCAUCGGCAUCUUCUCAGUGUUUGUUCUAGCUGUUGUCAUCACUCUAUGUUGUAUUUUUAAAUGCCGAAUCCCGAGAACAAAAAAGGAAAUCGAGGCACGACACGCGCAGAGGCUGGCCGCCAAAAAAUAUGCCAACACAUUAGAAACUGUGCCGCCUCUGAAUGAGCUGACUGAGAUCCCGGGAUCUGCAAAGGUAGAAGAGAAGGAGGAGGUAACAACAGUUUCUGGGAAAGUGGAUGGUGAAAAAGGAGAAAAGAAGACCAAGGAGGGCAAGAAAGAGGGCAAGGGUGCCAAAGAAGGGAAGGGAGAUGAGAAGGAUGCUAAGAAAGGUGAAAAGGGUGAAAAGGGACCAUCUAAAAAAGAUGCCAGUGAUGGGAAAGGAAAGAAACCUGGAGAGAAAGGUGACCGAGGGGACAAAGGAGAUAAGGGAGAAAAAGGAGGUAAGGGAGGAGCUAAAGGGGGAGCAAAGAAAGCUCAAAAGUGAAAUCUGCUUUUAUGGACACACUGAAGAUAC